CCAGCUUCCCUUUCAGUUCUGCAGCCCUUCCCCUCCACUUCCUUCCUCUUCUCUGCUCACACAGGGAGCCCAGGAGGUCUCUGCCUCAAAGAUGUCACUGCUGCUGCUGCCGCCCCUGCUGUGGGCAGGGGCCCUGGCUAAGGAUUCAAGAUUCUGGCUGAAAGUGCAGGAUUCAGUGACAGUGCAGGAGGGUCUGUGCGUCCUCGUGUCCUGCACUUUCUCCCUCCCACCCUCCUACCUCAGGAAUAACCCAGUUUAUGGUUACUGGUUCGGGAAAGGAGCCACUGUAUCCCUGGACUCUCCAGUGGCCACAAACAACCCAGAUCGAGAAGUACAGGAGGAGACCCAGGGCCGAUUCCGCCUUCUUGGGGAUCCCAGGAAGAACAACUGCACCCUGAGCAUCAUAGAUGCCAGGAGGAGGGACAAUGGCUCAUACUUCUUUCGGAUAGAGACAGGAAGUACCAAAUACAGUUACAUAUUCACCCAGCUCUCUGUGCAUGUGACAGACUUGGCCCACAGGCCCAAUAUCCUCAUCCCUGGACCCCUAGACCCUGGCCACUCCAAAAACCUGACUUGCUCUGUGCCCUGGGCCUGUGAGCAGGGAACACCCCCCAUCUUCUCCUGGAUGUCAGCUGCCCCCACCUCCCUGGGCCCCAGGACUACCCACUCCUCCGUGCUCAUCAUCACCCCACGGCCCCAGGACCAUGGCACCAACCUCACCUGUCAGGUGAAGUUCCCCGGAGCUGCUGUGACCACAGAGAGAACCAUCCAGUUCAAUGUCACCUAUGCUCCACAUAACCCAACCACUGGUAUCUGUCUAGCAGAUGGCCCAGGGAAACAAGAGACCAGAGCAGGAGUGGUUCAGGGGGCCAUCGGAGGAGCUGGUGUCACAGCCCUGCUCAUUCUUUGUCUCUGCCUCAUCUUCUUCAUAGUGAAGAUCCACAGGAGGAAAGCAGCCAGGACAGCAAUGGGCAGGAAUGACACCUACCCUGCCAGAGUGCCAGCCUCCCUGGAACACCAGAGGAAGUCCAAGUUACAUGGCCCCACUGAAACCUACUGUGCCGCCCCUACUGUGGGGAUGGACGAAGAGCUGCAUUAUGCUUCCCUCAGCUUUCAUGGGAUGAAUCCUUCCAAGGACACCUCCACGGAAUACUCAGAGGUCAGGACCCAUUGAAGAACCCACAAAAGCAUCAGCCUCAGCUAGAAGAUUCACAUCCUCUAUGGGUCAGGGACCAAAGGCUAAUUCUUAGAGAUUUAACACCCUGCAGGCAAUGGGUUUAUAGACAUUCUGUGAGUUUCCUGCUAUAAUGUCAUCAUCUUAGACUUUGUCACUAGAGAGUGCUGGAAUCAAAUCUGUGCUCCUUCAUUUACAAAGUGUAUGAUAUCACACAAGCUCCUUAACCUUCCAUGUCUCCAUUUCCUUCUCUGUGAAAUAGGUGCAAGAAGUCCUAUCUCAUAGGGAUCCUGUGAGCAUUAAAUAAAAGCACGCAUGAAAAA